UUCCCUCCCCCUGCCAGCCUAUGACACACUUUCUCUCCUUUUUUUCUCUCUUUCACCUCCUCUGGCCUCGGGGACUCCGGCCUGGGCUGCGCGUAGCCCCCUCCCCGCCCUGCAGCCCCUGGGCCGGUGGCACCCUUUAACCUACGGCCGGGCGGUGGCGCGGAGGGCCGAAGGGCUGGGACCCAGGGGGAAGACGGCCGCCUGCGCGGAGGAGGCGGCCAAUGCGGCUGGUGGAGCAUGAGCGCCCCAGAUUCUGGCCAUCGCAGCUCUAGAUCCCGAGGAAGACUGGCUCGGGGAGGGCCAGGCACCAACCUGGAGGCUCAGAAGUCGGACCUCCAUAUCGGGACGGCGGCUGCUGUCUACUGAGCACCAACUGUAUGCCAGGAGGAGGGCCAGAGAUGGACGACUACAUGGAGACACUGAAGGAUGAGGAGGAUGCCUUGUGGGAGAAUGUGGAGUGCAACCGGCACAUGCUCAGUCGCUACAUCAACCCGGCCAAGCUCACCCCCUACCUGCGCCAGUGUAAGGUCAUUGAUGAGCAGGAUGAAGACGAGGUCCUCAACGCGCCCAUGCUGCCAUCCAAGAUCAACAGGGCAGGCCGACUGUUGGACAUCCUACAUACCAAGGGCCAAAGGGGUUACGUGGUCUUCCUGGAGAGCCUGGAAUUUUACUACCCAGAACUGUACAAACUAGUGACCGGAAAGGAGCCCACCCGGAGAUUCUCCACCAUUGUGGUGGAGGAGGGCCACGAGGGCCUCACGCACUUCCUCAUGAACGAGGUCAUCAAGCUACAGCAGCAGAUGAAGGCCAAGGACCUGCAGCGGUGCGAGCUGCUGGCCAAGUCGCGGCAGCUGGAGGACGAGAAGAAGCAGCUGACGCUGACUCGCGUGGAGCUGCUGACCUUCCAGGAGCGGUACUACAAGAUGAAGGAGGAGCGCGACAGCUACAACGACGAGCUGGUCAAGGUGAAGGACGACAACUACAACCUGGCCAUGCGCUACGCCCAGCUCAGCGAGGAGAAGAACAUGGCGGUCAUGAGAAGCCGAGAUCUGCAACUCGAGAUUGACCAGCUCAAGCACCGGUUGAAUAAGGUGGAGGAAGAAUGCAAGCUCGAGAGAAACCAGUCUCUGAAACUGAAGAACGACAUUGAGAACCGGCCCAAGAGGGAGCAGGUUCUGGAACUGGAGAGGGAGAAUGAGAUGCUGAAGACCAAAAUCCAGGAGUUGCAGUCCAUCAUCCAGGCCGGGAAGCGCAGCCUGCCGGACUCCGACAAGGCCAUCUUGGACAUCCUGGAGCACGACCGCAAGGAGGCUCUGGAGGACCGGCAGGACCUGGUCAACAAGAUCUACAACCUGCAGGAGGAGGUCCGCCAGGCGGAGGAGCUGCGGGACAAGUACCUGGAGGAGAAGGAGGACCUGGAGCUGAAGUGCUCGACGCUGGGCAAGGACUGUGAGAUGUACAAGCACCGAAUGAACACGGUCAUGCUACAGUUGGAGGAGGUGGAGCGUGAGCGGGACCAGGCCUUCCAUUCCCGGGACGAAGCCCAGACCCAGUACUCACAGUGCUUAAUCGAGAAGGACAAGUACAGGAAGCAGAUCCGGGAGCUGGAGGAGAAGCACGACGAGAUGAGGAUUGAGAUGGUCCGGCGGGAAGCCUGCAUCGUCAACCUGGAGAGCAAGCUCCGGCGGCUCUCCAAGGACAGCAGCAGCUUGGAGCAGAGUCUGCCUAGGAACCUGCCAGUGGCCAUCAUCUCUCAGAACUUUGGGGACGCCAGCCCCAGGACCAAUGGGCAGGAAGCUGACGACUCGUCUACCUCGGAGGAGUCUCCGGAAGACAGCAGAUACUUUCUGCCCUACCACCCCCCCAAACGCAGGAUGAAUCUGAAGGGCAUCCAGCUACAGAGAGCCAAGUCCCCCAUCAGCCUGAAACGAGCCUCAGAUUUCCAAGGGCGAGGGCAUGAAGAAGAAGGCACAGACGCCAGCCCCAGCUCCUCCAGAUCCCUGCCCAUCACCAACUCCUUCUCCAAGACGGCACAGGGCUCCCCAUCGCGCAUCUGUGUUUCAAAGCAGCCCCACCGAAGCCGCUCCAGCAUCAUGUCCAUCACCGCCGAGCCCCCCGGAAACGACUCCAUCCUCCGGCGCUAUAAGGAAGACGCGCCUCAUCGCAGCACAGUCGAAGAAGACAAUGACAGUGGCGGGUUCGACGUCUUGGACUUUGACGACGACAGUCACGAGCACUGCUCCUUCGGACCCCCGUCCAUCCACUCCUCCUCCUCCUCCCACCAGUCCGAGGGCCUGGAUGCCUACGACUUGGAGCAAGUCAACCUCAUGUUUAGGAAGUUCUCUUUAGAAAGACCCUUCCGGCCAUCUGUCACGUCCGUGGGGCACGUGCGGGGUCCCGGGCCGUCGGUGCAGCACACCACGCUGAACAGCGACAGUCUCACCUCACAGCUGACCCUGCUCGGGGGCAACACACGAGGCAGUUUUGUCCACGCAGUCAAGCCGGGCUCCCUGGCCGAGAAGGCGGGCCUCCGUGAGGGCCACGAGCUGCUGCUGGUGGAAGGCUGCAUCAAAGGCGAGCGGCAGAGUGUCCCCCUGGACACGUGCACAAAGGAGGAGGUGCACUGGACCAUCCAGAGAUGCAGCGGCCCAAUCACCCUGCACUACAAGCUCAACCAGGAAGGGUACCGGAAGCUGCUGAAGGACAUGGAGGAGGGUCUCAUCACCUCGGGGGACUCCUUCUACAUCCGGCUGAACCUGAACAUCUCCAGUCAGCUGGACGCCUGCUCCCUGUCCCUGAAGUGUGAUGACAUCGUGCAUGUCAUCGACACCAUGUACCAGGACAGGCACGAGUGGCUGUGCGCGCGGGUCGACCCUUUCACGAAACACGACCUGGACGUGGGCACCAUACCCAGCUACAGCCGAGCCCAGCAACUUCUCCUGGUCAAGUUACAGCGUCUGAUGCACAGGGGAAACCGAGAAGAGACAGACAACACCCACCACACCCUAAGGGCGCUCCGGAACACCCUUCAGCCCGAAGAGCCACUUUCCACCAGUGACCCCCGGGUCAGUCCCCGCCUCUCUCGAGCAAGUUUCCUUUUUGGCCAGCUCCUUCAGUUCGUCAGCAGGUCCGAGAACAAGUACAAGAGAAUGAACAGCAAUGAGCGAGUCCGCAUCGUCUCGGGGAGCCCCCUGGGGAGCCUGACCCGGACAUCCCUGGAUGCCACCAAGCUCUUGACUGAGAAGCAGGAAGAGAUGGACCCCGAGAGUGAGCUCAGCAAGAACCUCAGCCUGAUCCCCUACAGCCCGGUGCACUCAUUGCACUGUGAGCGCCGCCGGCCCGUCCUCUUCACGCCCACCAUGCUAGCCAAGGCUCUGGUGCAGAAACUGCUCAACUCUGGGGGUGCGAUGGAGUUCACCAUGUGCAAGCCAGACGUUGUCACCAGAGACGAGUUCCUCAGGAAGCAGAAGACAGAGACCAUCAUCUACUCCCGGGAGAAGAACCCCAACACUUUUGAAUGUAUUGUUCCCGCCAACAUCGAAGCUGUGGCUGCCAAGGACAAACACUGUCUGCUGGAGGCCGGGAUCAGCUGUACCAGGGACUUGAUCAAAUCCAGGAUCUACCCCAUCGUGCUCUUCAUUCGGGUGUCAGAGAAGAAUAUCAAGAGGUUCAGAAAGAUGCUGCCACGGCCGGAGACAGAGGAGGAGUUCCUGCGGCUGUGCCGGCUGAAGGAGAAGGAGCUGGAGGCCCUGCCCUGCCUGUACGCCACGGUGGAGGCCGACAUGUGGGGCAGCGUGGAGGAGCUGCUCCGGGUCCUCAAAGACAAGAUCAGCGAGGAGCAACGCAAGACCAUCUGGGUGGACGAGGGCCAGCUGUGAGGGGGCCCCCGGAGUCCGAGCACAGCUCCCAGGGUGUCCGGACCCCAGCGGGCAGUGCCGGGGGGUGAGGGGGCUCGGUCCUCCUGGUCACGGGCCACCUCCCACCAGGGAGCCCCGGGACAGACGCAGCUGAGGGGACAGACACUCUCCAGUGGGGACGGGAUGGGUUUAUGCCCCCCGGGGCUGACCUGGCCCCACAGCACCAGCAGGGAGGCAGGGUCCCCCGAAGGACCCGACGCCAGGCCGGAGGCCAGCGGCCCAACGGAAGCCGGAACAGGAGAUGAAUGUAACGCAUGGAACAGGUGUCCUCCUUGUAGGCAGGGACCCUGAACACCAGGGCACCCGCCAGCCCUCAGAACACGCCAGAUAUGCCUUCCCAGGCAGGACAGUUGGGGCGGAGGGGGAAGUGUGCCAUGCUAUUAUUUUUCUUGCAUUAAAAUCUCUCCAUUUCCUUGUU